UUAUCCCCUUUGUUUCGAUAUGGAUAGCUAGCCCGAACAAGCUUUCUCUCUCUCACUUACACAACAGCAAAACUUCCUUUAACCAUGACUACUUGCACUACACCGUCAUCAUCGCUGAUGCUAGCGUACGCCGCAUCUACAGUACACGGGCAAGACCUCACUCCAUCUCUUCUCUCUUUCAAAUCCAACAAGCCUGCCUUUUCUCUCUACCCACUCGUUCUCAAGACUUCCAAAGACAGGAAAUCCAGCCUCAAAUGGGCCAAUCUAUGUCCCCAGAGGGAUUCCAAGCAUGUUGUUGUAGCUGCCGUGGCUGCGGAGGCUGAGGUGGCUGAGGCUGCUGAGGGAAAGGAAGGAGUGGCUGAGGGUGCCACUGCUACUGCCACUGCCCCUGCCCCGCCUAAGCCCAAGAGAGGAAAGGCUGCGUUGCCUCUUAAGAGAGACAGAACAAGGUCUAAGAGAUUCUUGGAAAUUCAAAAAUUAAGGGAAAACAAAAAGGAGUAUGAUCUAAAGACAGCAAUAUCAUUGUUAAAGGAAAUGACAAGUGCAAAGUUUGUUGAGUCAGCUGAAGCCCAUUUCCGCCUUAACAUUGAUCCUAAGUAUAAUGAUCAACAGCUGAGAGCAACAGUGAAUUUGCCAAAGGGAACUGGGCAAACUGUUAAAGUGGCUGUACUUACUCAAGGUGAAAAGUUUGAUGAAGCAAAAAAUGCGGGAGCAGAUAUUGUUGGUGGUGAGGACUUGAUUGAACAGAUAAAAAAAGGAUUCAUGGAAUUUGACAAAUUAAUUGCUUCCCCAGAUAUGAUGGUCAAGGUUGCGAGCCUUGGAAAGAUUCUAGGACCACGUGGGCUCAUGCCAAAUCCGAAAGCUGGUACUGUUACACCCAAUUUACCUCAGGCUAUAGAAGAAUUCAAAAAGGGAAAAGUCGAAUACAGAGCUGAUAAAACUGGGAUUGUUCACAUUCCUUUCGGGAAAGUUGACUUCUCAGAAGAAGACCUCCUUCUGAAUUUCCUUGCCGCUGUAAAAUCAAUUGAAACAAACAAGCCAAAAGGUGCAAAAGGAGUAUACUGGAAAAGUGCACACAUAUGCACAUCAAUGGGGCCUUCGAUCCGGUUAAGUAUAAGGGAGAUGCUUGAUUACAAGCCUCCAUCAAACAUUUGAAGAUAUGACUAACAGCUGUAAAUGUCUUCAACCCUUCAAUCAGCCAUGUAGGCAUUCUCUGUCAGAGCGUGCCAGUGCUCAGUGGAAAUGGUCAGGGAGUAAGUAGGGGGAGAAGGGAGAGCAAUUGUUUAGAGCAAAUCCUAGUGAAAUCAGGCAUACCAGAUUAUGGUUCUGUAUACAGACUGAGACUUGUAUCAUCAUAUGAUUAAAUAGCAUCAAUUUUAUUACUUUUUAUUUUCUUA